AUGCCGACCUACAAGACCAGCCAGGAAUGGCUGGAGCAGUCGUCUCUGCUCCUCCAGGCUCGUCCGACUACCACUAGAAUCACAACAAAGUACUCCAUCAAAGCAGUCAAACCCCGAAAGACCAAGACCUCGGAGGACGCCUCCGCCGCAGCACCCGCAGAAGAUGCAACCAUGACAGACGCCAAACCCCCGCGCGGCUCCCUCGUCAUCAAGACCUUCGACCCGGUCAGCGGCGUCGCCCUCAAAUACCGCACCACAAAGGCCGCCGAGGUCUCCCGCCUCAUCACCUGCCUCGGCGCCCUGGGCCGCACAAUGUCCACCUCGAAACCGGCAACAUUGGACGCCGCCGCCGCAAACAAGGACGAGCCGAUGGCCGAUGCGGGUGGGGAGGACACGCCGGCCGGCGCGGCGACGCCUGUGGAGAAACCCCAGGCUGCUGGAGGGGGAAAGAAGAAGAAGAAGGGCAAGAAAUGA